UAGUCCUAACGUCCUACGUAUACAAGUUACGCCAUGAAUGGGCAGAUAAUAUUAAUAAUUGUGCAUAUUUGUACAGAUAAUUGUACAUAAAAUUAAUCUGUUCGCUGUCGCUAGCGCUGAAAUUUGAAAUGUACUAGCACUCCCGAGAUCAUGGUGACUGAUUACUUAAUUUGAGAUAAGAACCUAUCAAACACUGACAUCCGUGGCCAAAUGAACUUCAGUGUUGACGGUUCAUUCUGGAGUGUCAAUACAACUGAGACACCAGCGAGACUGGAUUAUCAACAUUUUAAUUAAAGGGAAGUGUUCUGCGAUCUCCAGAUCGAAGAUUUGGUUCGAGGGAGAGAAACUUAUCCAGGAUGAAGUUAGCAGCCCCUACAUUGUGCUGGAUAGCACUGGGGAUUGUAAGCUCCUGUUGGGGUGCACUGAUUCCCAGCAAUGUCAAUCUGCCUGAACAAAUCCAUCUAUCGUGGACAGGUAAAUCGGCCAGCAUGUUUGUCACCCUUCCCUCCACUGCCACCAUCACCCGCGUUCGCUACAGUCAGAACAACCAAAGCCUGUCCGUCGUGGACGGCAGCAGCACGGUGUUCACCGACGGCGCCAAAGCCCACAAACAACGCUUCAUCCACCGGGUGACCUUUACUAGCCUGAAACCGGCAACACGCUACUAUUACCAGUGCGGCAGUGAUGACGGUUGGAGUCAGAUUUACAGUUUCCGCAGUAUCCCCGCCGGAAGGGACUGGAGUCCACGACUGCUCGUGUACGGAGAUAUGGGCGAGGUCAAUGCUCGUUCGUUGGCGCAGAUGACACUGGAAGUACAGCAAGACCGCUACGAUAUGGUCCUGCAUGUUGGUGAUUUUGCUUACGAUAUGAACGAUGAAAAUGGCGAUGUUGGAGAUGCUUUUCUGAGGAGUUUGCAACCGCUCUCAGCGAUUAUUCCUUACAUGGUUGUCGUGGGCAAUCACGAGGAAAAAUACAAUUUCUCGCACUACCGACAACGAUUCACAACGCCCGGAAGCGAGGAAGGAAUGUUAUACAGUUUCAAUAUCGGUCCACUGCACGUCUCCGUGAUUGCCACCGAAUUUUAUUUCUUCCCGCAAUACGGCAUUGCUCAGAUUUUUCGCCAGUUCGAUUGGUUGGCAAGCGAUUUAGAUAAAGCAUCGAAAGAUCCGGAUAAUGCGUGGCUUUUUGUUGCCGGUCAUCGUCCCAUGUACUGCAGUAAUCCAGACAUUGUCGACUGCAAUCCACAAGGCAAUGUGUUCCGCCGCGGAAUUCCUUAUCUGCACAUUCCCGGUUUGGAGGAUCUGAUGCACGAUGCCGGCGUGGAUGUCGGCAUCUGGGCACACGAGCAUUCGUACGAACGAACAUGGCCCGUGUAUAAUGUCCAGGUGAUGAAUGGAUCCAAGACGAAUCCAUACACCGAUCCAAAGGGCAUCGUCCAUAUUAUUACCGGCUCCGCAGGCUGCAAGGAAAAUCACACUCGCUUUAACCCCAAUCCACCGAAUUACAGCGCGUUCCGUACGACGGACUAUGGAUACACCCGGAUGACCGUCGUUAAUAAAACCCACAUGUAUUUCGAGCAAGUCUCCGAUGAUCAGGGCUAUAUAGUGAUCGAUUCGGUAUGGAUCCGAAAAUCUCGCCCAGGCCGACCAGUUUGGUUGCAAAAGGACAACCCGAAGCGCAGUCGGGCCGGUGUGCGACCGUACGGACAAUGGCAGCCCAUCGUCAACGGUCUCCAGACAGCGCACGUCGUUGAUCAACAUGUCGGCGUCAACGAGCUCAAAUAAAGCUGCACCGUAGUCAAGCUGAA